AUGUCUGAUACCGAGUCACUAAUCCAAAAGCACAGUCUUUCUGAGUUCCUUGUCGAUCUUAAUGGCACCAUUACUGAUUCAACGACUGCAGUUGAGAACCACUGGCAGGAUGUCUGCAAAGAAAUCGGCGUAGAUCCCGAGGUCAUCCUUGAGACAUCUCAUGGACGACGUAGCCUGGAUGUUCUUGAAUUGUUGGCACCUGCGUAUGCUAACUGGGAUUUUGUCAAGCGAAUCGAAGCUGCUAUUCCAGUAAAUCUUGGCCAUCUUGCUACCGCCGAGUCCGUCAAGGUCGGCAAGCCUGAUCCGACAUGUUACUUUCUUGGACACAAGAGCCUGGGGUCCGAUGGCCAUGAUGGAAAGACUAUGCUGGUCAUUGAGGAAAGGCUUGCUGGCAUUAGGGCCGGCAAAGUUGUAGGUUUUAAGGUUCUGGGCUUAGUGACGAGUCAUACAUACGAACAAGUCAAGUCCGCUGGGCCAGACUGGAUUGUCAAGGAUUUAGAAUCUGUCAAGAUUUUGGGAAAGAACGGAGACAAAGUUCUGGUCGAGAUAUGCAAACACAAUUUAACAUGA